AUGACUGAAUGCAUUGUGGAAUCACUGUUAUCCCGCUCAUUUAGAUUGAGACCUUUUUCCGAGAAACGAGAGAUCGUCGAAGGUGGCCGUCCCACUCCUGAGUUGCAAGGACUACAUACAACAUCCAAGCGAAGUGCAACCGUGUUUUCUGGACUUUCUAAUCGUAUCCAGAACGAUUUGAUUGUUGCUGUCAAGGACGUUAUGUUGAAAGCAAUAAAAGAUGAAGUGAUGAGGAGCCCAUUUGUCGCUAUUUCCCUAGAUGAAACCUCCGACGUUAAGACCUUAUCGCAGCUAACAACUAUAGUUCGCUAUGUCCACCCAAAUGGUAAAGCUGUGGAGCACUUUCUUGGAUUUACCGAUGUAAGUAAGGAUAGAACUGCGGCUAGACUGAAACAAGAAGUCGGUAAAACCCUGAACGAGUACGGAUGCGGCGAAAAACUGAUUGCCCAAACGUAUGACGGUGCGAGUGUGAUGUCAGGAGAACUGUCUGGUUUGCAAACACGAGUAAGAGAAGACUAUCCACAUGCUCUUUUUAUCCACUGUUGCGGACACGCAUUAAAUUUGGUCAUUGUUCAAGCUGUCUCGUCAACUAAAGAGUGUCGUAUAUUUUUUAAAACCGUCACUGGUCUUUCAUCCUUUUUUAACGCCUCGUCCAAUAGAACAUACCUGUUGGACACAGUUGUCGGCAGACGCAUUCCCACUGGAACAGCUGUUCGAUGGCACUAUCAGAGCAGGUUAAUCCAUGCUGUACUGGAGACAAGAGCAAAGCUGCUCGAAGUUUUCGAAUACAUCAUCGAAAAUGAUGACGAGUUUGACGGUACGACGUUUAACGAAGCGAGGGGCUACCGACAAGUUCUUGCAGCUUUCCAGUUUGUGUUCUGCCUUAAAAUAUUUUCAGAAAUAUUUGGUCUUACGGAUGUUUUGUAUAAUAUCAUUCAGAGUAAGCAGUUCGAUAUUGUCAGGGGCGGAUCUAGACUCAAAUCGAAACCUGUUUUUGAUAUGAUAUCAAAAAUAAUCGAACUUGACUUGAAAGCCUAUUUUCCAGAGGUGUACCGAUUGUGUCAGCUCAUUCUUACUAUGCCAAGUACGUCCUCCUCUGCAGAAAGAUCAUUUUCGUCUCUCAAGCGUAUCAAAACGUAUCUUCGCAGUGCACAAGGGCAAGAGCGACUUUCUGCAUUGGCUACAAUUUUAAUCGAGAAGGAGAUGUUUGUAUGUUUGCAGGGGAAGCCACAAUUCUAUGAGGAGGGUUAUAAAGGGGUUUUGCGCAAAGGAUAG